CUCAGUUUUAUCGGACGGGUCUCUUGAAAAUAUUGCAAAAUAAAAAGUAAAAACAAGUUUAGUGUUUCAAAUACAUUUUAAAAUGUGAAUAAAUUACAAAGAAAAAGUGUUUCAAUUAAAGAAAAUAAAAGUUUAAAACAGAGUCUUGAAAUCUUUAUUGUUAAACGGAGAAACAAAUAAAGCAAACAGAACGAAUAAUAACAAUUCAUUCACAUUAUAUAUGUAUAUUAAAAAGUAACUAAAUCAAACUGAACGUGAAGAAAAAACGCAAAGCCAUUAUCACACAAUGGAAUCGAAUACGGAAGGAAAUCUCUUGGAGGUUAUGGAUUUAGCGCGUACACUGCGACAAGAACAACUGUUUAUACAACAAGAACAAACAACUUUUGCACAAUUAACUGAAGCUUUGGCGGAGAACUCUGCAUCAAUAACAAAGUUGGCUUACAUAUGUGCUCAACAAAGAAAAAAUCUUAAUGAUUUGAUUGUUGCUCGCCCUGACUUGGGUCCAUCUUUGUGUUGUCGCCGUGCCAACAACUAUGCAAAUGUUAAAUUUAUUGAUGCAAAAAAAGUGCUGGACUAUGAGCAUGCAAUUGCAUAUGAAGAUCUAUUCAACUAUCUGUAUAGAUCUCCUUAUGUAUUGGCAUUAUCCCUUGCCACUGGCGAUAGUUUGCCCGAUGUAACGACCGCACAUAUGAAUUCUUUAAUACAAACCAUUAGUACGGGUCUGUUUGGCAAUGCGAUAAAUACAAAGGAUGUUGAAAUGGUUUUGAAACUUUUAAGAGAAUUAAUAGAGAUACAAAUUGUUGUUAGCGAUAAUCCUCGCAGAUUGUUAAGAGCAAAUACAUCAACAUUCGCUCGAAUAUAUCAUCGUCUAAAUGAGUCGAUGUUUUCAGCUAAAAUAUUUUUGACAGCUGCUCUUUUCCAACCCAUAAUGAGUGUGUUAAGUGAAACUGAUACAAUGUUAGAUGUUGAUCCUCAAAAGGUUGUGGAAAGCUUUACAACGAAGGAACGAACAAGAAGAUUUGGUGCGGAAACUUCUACGUCCUAUCAAGAAAAUAUUGAUAAAUUCCACAUCGAAACCAUUAAUCAAUUACACAAGUUAGCUAAGAUAUUUAUAGAUAAUUUACUUUAUAAUUGGUCUCUAUUUCCGUCCACCCUGAGAUGGUUAGUUCAAACCAUGUGUCAUCAAUUGAAACAGGCUCAUCAAUUUUCCGAUAAAGUUAUUAACGAAAUUGUUACUGAUAUGGUUUUUACGCAUUUCAUUUGUCCGGCCAUUGUAAGUCCAGACGUUAUGGGCAUAAUUGAUGCUCCAAUUUCGGAGCAAGUACGAUUUAAUCUCAUUCAAAUUGGACAAAUAAUACAAAUGUUGGCUUUAGCAAAACAUGAUGAAAUAGAUGCUAAAUUUGCUGAACUAUAUGCCAAAUUUGAAGCCAACAAUGUGACAAAAUUAAUUGAUUUAUUGCUGGUAACACAAUCCGGUGAGGAUGUGGUGGCCAUUUUGGCUCAGCAAAGUGACUUUGAAAGAACACAUUUGUUGGUUACACAAAGAGAGUUGAAUUAUUUUACUGAAUUUUAUAGAAUAUUAACGGCCACAGAUGAAUUCGACAUCUCCGAGGAAGAAAAGGAAAAGUUGAGAAAAAUUUUAAAGCAUUUGCCAGAAAAUCCUACCGUCAAUGGUAAUUCAGCAGCAGAUAGCAAUCAAAAUUCUUCCAAAAGUGAGAGUCCUGCCAAAGAGAAAUCAAAGCAAUCGUUGAAAAAUUUAAGCAAAUCAACUAAAAAUAAAAUAGCAAAAAGUAUGAGCUUUUCAAACGCCAAUGGAAGCAGUCACAAUGGCGAUGAACUGAAUGGUAUUGUCAAUGGAAAUAAUAUUGUUGGUGGUUUGAAUUUAAACGGUUUGGAAAAUUCUUCAUCUCAUAAUAGUUCACACCACUCGUCGCCAGUUAGAUCAUUUGCAGCGGAGGCAGAAAAUGAACCCGUUUUAGUUUUUAAUCUUUACAACGGGGUAGAGCAAAAGCUACAGCCUCUUUCAGAGGAAGAAGUUCUAAAAAUGAACAGUAUUGGCCAAGAUAUAUCCAAUGGGGAAUUGGUAGAUGCUGAAAACUAUCAACAAGAGUCAACGGUUGAUAAGUCAUCGGUUGUUAAUGGUUUUGAUGGAAUCGAUGGUAUGUCAGACAUUCUAAGGCCAAUGCAUAAUAAAAGUACAAGGUUUUCAUUAUCCCAUGAUGAUGCAUCUAUUGGUAAUUCUGAUAAUUUAGAAGCUGUUAGUGAAGUGCCCUCAAAUCAUUCAGUAACAAGUUCUUUAGAGUUGGAAGAAAAUGCCGAAAAUGACAAUUUAUCUGACAUGGUAUCGGCCAACGUUUCUGGAAGGGGAACCCCCAACAUCAGUGGCAGAGAUACACCCUCCUCACAGGUGACUGAUGGUGAAUCUAUAAAUAAUGCUUUACCAACACCUCAAAUGCAGAAGCUGAUUUCUAAAGCUCGCUCCGAUAUCCAGGAUAAAUUUUGUAAAUUUGAAAUUAAAAAGUUUGAAGGUGAUGAAACAGUUUCCAUAAUUUCGGAUACCUGGUCGACGGACGUUUUGGCCAGUGAUUCAGAGACCAUCGAUACAACAGAACGGGAGCGCGAAAGAAAUUUUUCCACUCCCUUGAUACCAGCUGCAGUGGUAUUGCCGGGAGACAAUAACUUUGAUGUCCUUUCUGGGGCUGGGGGCAUGAGAACAGGGUAUUUAGAUGCUUCUGAUCAGAGAUCAGAAUCUAAUUGGAGUACUGACGUUCUGGCUUCGGAUUCCGAGAAAUUGAAUGAAGUUGAUACUGAUGACAAUGUGAGUAUUACAGCCAGAUCUGAUAUAUUAGAUUCAGGCACCUUAAACGAAAGAGAAAGAGAUCAAUUGGCAGCAGCUAUAUCGGCACCUAUUAAUCGUCCGCAAAGAUCCUCUAAUAAUGCUCAUUACUCCGCAGCUCGUAAUAGUCGUAGUUUUAGAUCUCCAUUAUCGAAUGCACAAGGAGUUCAUAAACUACCUGUAGCUAAAGCACCCUCCUCUGGUAGUGUUGGUGAUGUCCAUGGUAGUGGCGGUAGCAGUGGUGGUAAUGCUAGUGAUCGUUCACAAGAGGAUUCAGCAUUUUAUGAUGCCAUUAAUUCAUAUGAGGAUAAUUCUGCUUCAGUUACAAAUAACAACCAUUAUCAUCAUCACUACCGAGAUGGUUCUUCAUUAGCUAGAAGUUCGGUAAGGACUAGCAAUCAAUUAGAAAACACAUUUCAACAAAAUUACAAAUCUAUAACGAGUGAAAAAGAGAAGUACAAUUUUCUACAAGCCGGUGGGGCUUCUUCCUCGUCUCAUCGUAUGAGAAGACAAGCGUCAGCUGAGAGCAGUAUUUCAAAUCAAAGUGUUAACAUCGAAGAUCAAGGAGCAAUGGUUAAAAUACCAUCUCCUUUUGCGGCUAAUCGCAAAAAUCGGCAUCAAAGUAAUGCUAGCAAUGAAUCUAAAGAUCUUAUAGAUUUUUCCGAUUUUUGUGAUGACAAAGACUUAACACCACCUUCCAUAGCGCCCCCUGAGCCGCCCGUACUAGAUAUUUUCCAAGAUGACUUGGUAGAACAUCGUGACAGAUCAACACUACAAAGAAAUUCAGGCGUUGAUGGUCGUCGUAAUGGUAUUAUGGCAUUAAAAGGUGGACGAGAAAGUUCCGACGGUGGAACCAAUUUAACACCAUCACUAAGAAGACACCAAUCUUUGAAUUAUGAAAAUCAUGAAAUAAUGUUGAACUCUGUUCCCAAAAGAAUCUCAGCAUCUCCAAAUAUCUCACCUCAAACAGAUGAUGACAAAAGGGAACAACAGCAGCAAGAACAGGAACAGGAAAUAUUGCUUUUAACCAACAGAACAUCAGAUUUAAAUUUGAAUGAUGCAACUGAAAAUAGUGGUGGUGAUCCCUCGCGCAGCACCCCCACCAAUCAAACCACUUCUUCAGCUGGUAUAAUGGUAACCUCAUCUUCAGCUGCCACAUCCAACACCCAAAAACCCACAAAAUCCACGGGAGCCAUACCAAAAAGUAUAAGUUUUGAUGCAUCUGCAGAUAAAGCUGGUCCAUCUACGUCCGCUGCAUCUGCUAGACAAAAUAGAAACUCAUCGCGUUUUCAGCCAGAUCCCUUACGUGCCAAUGGUCCAUCCACCUCAACUAGUUUAACUACCGCUAAUUCUGGUAUAUUCAAUAAACUAAAGCAGGGCAUUUUCAAACAUCGCCGUGGCCACAAGUCCAGACAUAGCUCCGCGACAAACUGUGACGAUAUCUCGCAAAGUUCACGUAGUGUUUCAUUUUCAACCAACAACUCCGAGGUUUCAUUAGAUAUAAUAAGUGCCAAUUUACCAAGUUGUUCCACGGCAACAGCUCAAGAACGUAGUACUGGAUAUUAUGAUAUUAGUGAAGAUAUAUUAGCUAAAUAUCGACGUAAAGUCAGUACAUCAAGUGAAGCGACAAAUUCUUCAACGGGUAAUGGUGGCGGGGCUGUUGGAGGUGUAGCCGUAAGUGGUAUUGCUAAAGAUAUUAAUGGCCAACAAAGUGGUAACCAGCAUACUUCUAUCCAUGACAAAAUGAUGGCUUUUAAUAUCAUCAAGAAAAAGAUACGUACUGUACUGUCCAAGACUGAUUUGCAUUCGGGAGAUUUCCGUCAUACAACUCAUACCAAUACGUCUCCCCUUUUAACAUAUCUACAAAUUCAAUUGGCUCAAGCCAUAAAUUUGCAAAAUUUCCAACAAAUAUCUUAUGUAUCUGAAGCUAUACGUUGCAUAUCUCAACUCGAAAAUAACCAGCAUACACAGCUCAUGGAAGAAAUACAAAAUGACAUACAAAAAAGGCAAAGUUAUUUGCAGUAUUUAAUGCGAUAUCGUCAAAAUCUUCUAAUGAUUAUGGAAAACAUUGAACAAUACGAAUCCCGAUUAAGAAGUGAGAGUUCAACAUGUAAUCGAUAUCUAAUGGCCGUUUGUAUGCGUUUGUUUUUCGAAAAAAGACAAGAUAAAAUUGAAUCAUUCCAAGAAGAUUUUGCACGUUUGACAGUAUCUGAUGAUAAAAUUGAUUUAAUUGAAGAGUUCAUUGACAGUCUCAUGGAAGAAUUAUUGUCUGUGGGAGGCAUUUUAAACGGCAUGUCCGAAUGGCAAGCUGUGGAGGCACGCAUGUCUUUAGAGAGAAUACUACUACAAAGUAUGUAUCAACAGGUUAUGUUCCCCAAUGAGGAUGCCGAUUUAUCAAGAGACACGGUUUUAUCUGAACACAUACGUAAAUUACAAAACGUUAUCACACCAUCCCAUCCAGCUCUGUGCAUACCUCAAAUGUUUCUAUCUGAGGCUCCAUGGAGUUUUGCUCAACAAGAGUUAACCUUUAUAUCUGCCUAUAAAACUCCUCGCGAAAAAUUGCAGUGUGUUAUAAGAUGUGUUUCAAGUAUAAUGAGUUUAUUGCACAUGUCCAGUGGCAGAGUACCCGCUGCUGAUGAUAUUUUGCCCGUUCUUAUUUAUGUCGUUAUAAUGGCUAAUCCUCCUUAUUUGUUAUCAACUGUUGAGUAUAUUACAUGUUUUAUUGGCGAAAAACUUGAUGGUGAAGAACAAUUCCACUGGACCUUAUUUGGUUCAGUAGUGAAGUUCAUAAAAACUAUGGAUUAUUUCGAUAAAUAAAUUUGUUAUUUUUAAGUGUCCCCUCGAAACGUAAUGUAUUGGGCAACAUACAAUUUCCACCAGUGUUAUAAUUUUUUUAUUUUUAUUGUGUUUAUAAUGUUUAUAAAAAUUCUCUAAGUUAAAUGGUUUAUUUGAAUUAUUCUUUAACUGUAAUUGUCUUUGAUUGGUUGAUAUAUGUAUGUAUAUUUAAUUAAGUUACUUUGUAUAGUAUUUUGUCAAAAAUUUUAUUUUUAUUUGUUUUAUAAGUCAAAAAUUAUUUAUUUAUUCUUCCCGCUUUUGCUAACUACAUACUCCUUUAAGCAAUAGUUUAUGCAAUAUUUCUAAUUUUGCUUUAACAAAUUAACUAUUAAAAUAUUAAAUAAUAAAUAUUGUUUGCAUGUUAGAAACAACUGAAAAAAAAUUACCUCCAUUUCUUAAUAACAGUUUUGAAAAAUAUUUAUAUAUAUUAUAUACUCUCUAUUUAUUUAUUUACUAUCUUCUAUACCAUAUUUAUAUCCACACAAAUAACAUAACAGUACUUUAUCUUUAAUUUAUAUUGAUUAAUAUCAAAUAUUUUUCGAUAUUUAUUAUGAGAAAUCAAAUUAAUGCGAAUACCUAAAUAUUAACUAUAUACACAUAAUAUUAAAUAAAAAUCUUUAAUAUAAUUAAAACAAAAUAUUACAAUUAAUAUUAAUUUCUUUGCUUACCUACCGUACAUAUGAAAUGAAACAAAAUAUUUGAGGAAAAACCAAUGUUGUAUGCAAAAUUGAACAAAAAAAAAUAUUAUGAUCAAAUUGUAAUAAAUGCAUAGAGUUUAAUAAUGCCAAUACUUUCUUUUAGUAAA